UCCCGUCCCGCCAGCGGCCUCGAGACCCGGGCAGCUAGGGAACAAACCGCAGCGGUCCAGGGAGCCCGGAGCGCAGCGCAGAGCCAGGGUACGCUUUGAGGACCCGCGCAGCCCCGCUUGGUCUCCGGGCCCUAGUCAAGCAGGCAGGCAAGCGCAGCGCCACCCGGCCGAGCCCAGCGCAGCGCUCCGUAGCCUAGCGCGCGCCGCCGCCCGCGCCCCGCACCGGGGAAUGCGCCCUCGGCGCGCAGGCCAGGGGGCGCCCGCAGCCCGCCCCGGGGGAGGCGGCCCCGAGCGCCCCUGAACCUUUCCAUGGCCCGGGCUAGGGCCCGGGGCCUCGACUGCUGACGUGCACGAAGCCAGGGGAACCAGUGAAGCCGAGACCGCGGUGCGGAUCCCGGCUCAGGCUCAGAGACAAGAGGGCGCGGACAGGGCCGUGGCCCCGGGGGGCAGCUAAGGCGGACCGGCCCGACGCAAACCUCUCCGCUACUGCGGCGGCCACCGCUGCCCGGCGCCCAGGCCCCGCCGCCGUGGACGAGGUGUCCACAGAACUGGAGCCUGCUUCCUGGGCCCCAGGCCCCUCCCACAAUGCUUGUAACUGGCUUCAUCCUCUGGGCUUCCCUGCUGACCGGGGCCUGGCCAGCUACCCCUAUCCAGGACCAGCUUCCAGCUACACCUAGAGUCCGACUGUCAUUCAAAGAACUUAAGGCCACAGGCACCGCCCACUUCUUCAACUUUCUGCUCAACACUACAGACUACAGAAUCCUGCUCAAGGACGAGGACCAUGACCGCAUGUACGUGGGCAGCAAGGACUAUGUGCUGUCCCUGGACCUGCAUGACAUCAACCGAGAGCCCCUUAUUAUCCAUUGGGCAGCCUCUCCACAACGCAUUGAGGAGUGCAUACUGUCGGGCAAGGAUGGCAACGGAGAGUGUGGGAACUUCGUCAGGCUCAUCCAGCCUUGGAACCGAACACACCUGUAUGUGUGUGGCACUGGUGCCUACAACCCCAUGUGUACCUAUGUAAACCGUGGCCGUCGUGCACAGGAUUACAUCUUCUACCUGGAGCCUGAGAAACUCGAGUCAGGGAAAGGCAAAUGUCCAUAUGACCCCAAGCUGGACACAGCCUCAGCCCUCAUCAAUGAGGAGCUCUAUGCAGGAGUGUACAUCGAUUUUAUGGGCACAGAUGCAGCCAUUUUCCGCACGCUUGGAAAGCAGACAGCCAUGCGCACAGACCAGUACAAUUCCCGCUGGCUCAAUGAUCCUUCAUUCAUACAUGCCGAGCUUAUCCCUGACAGCGCGGAGCGCAAUGAUGAUAAACUCUACUUCUUCUUCCGAGAACGCUCUGCAGAGGCUCCACAGAACCCUGCUGUGUAUGCCCGCAUCGGGCGCAUCUGCCUCAAUGAUGAUGGUGGCCAUUGCUGCCUGGUCAACAAGUGGAGCACGUUCCUGAAGGCUCGGCUCGUCUGCUCCGUGCCAGGCGAGGAUGGUAUUGAGACCCACUUCGACGAACUCCAGGAUGUGUUUGUCCAGCAGACCCAGGAUGUCAGGAACCCAGUCAUUUAUGCUGUCUUUACCUCUUCAGGCUCUGUGUUCCGAGGAUCUGCAGUGUGUGUCUACUCCAUGGCUGACAUUCGCAUGGUUUUCAAUGGGCCCUUUGCUCACAAGGAGGGCCCCAACUACCAGUGGAUGCCCUUCUCAGGAAAGAUGCCCUAUCCUCGGCCUGGCACAUGCCCUGGUGGAACCUUUACGCCCUCGAUGAAGUCCACUAAGGACUAUCCUGAUGAAGUAAUCAACUUCAUGCGUACCCAUCCACUCAUGUACCAGGCCGUCUACCCGCUGCAGCGGCGCCCCCUGGUGGUCCGCACAGGUGUUCCCUAUCGCCUCACCACUGUGGCUGUGGACCAGGUGGAUGCAGCUGAUGGACGCUAUGAGGUGCUUUUCCUGGGCACAGACCGCGGGACAGUGCAGAAGGUCAUUGUGCUGCCCAAGGAUGACCAGGAGGUGGAAGAGCUCAUGCUGGAGGAGGUGGAAGUCUUCAAGGAACCAGCACCUGUUAAGACUAUGACCAUCUCUUCCAAGAGGCAACAACUGUAUGUGGCUUCAGCCGUGGGUGUCACACACCUGAGCCUGCAUCGCUGCCAGGCAUAUGGAGCUGUCUGUGCUGACUGCUGCCUCGCCCGGGACCCCUACUGUGCCUGGGAUGGCCAGGCCUGCUCUCGAUACACAGCAUCCUCCAAGAGGCGGAGUCGCCGGCAAGAUGUCCGCCACGGGAACCCUAUCAGGCAGUGCCGUGGUUUCAAUUCCAAUGCAAACAAGAAUGCCAUAGAGUCUGUGCAGUACGGAGUGGCCGGCAGCGCGGCUUUUCUUGAGUGCCAGCCCCGCUCACCUCAAGCCACUGUUAAGUGGCUUUUCCAGCGAGAUCCCAGUGAUCGGCGCCGUGAGAUUCGCGCAGAGGACCGCUUCCUGCGUACAGAGCAGGGGCUGUUGCUUCGCGCCCUGCAGCUUGGUGACCGCGGCCUCUACUCCUGCACGGCCACUGAGAACAACUUCAAGCACAUCGUCACGCGGGUACAGCUGCAUGUACUGGGCCGGGACGCCGUCCAUGCUGCCCUCUUCCCCCCACUGGCUGUGAGCGUCCCUCCACCUUCUGGCACAGGCCUUCCAACACCUCCUUACCAGGAGCUGGCCCAGCUCCUAGCCCAGCCGGAAGUGGGCCUCAUCCAUCAGUACUGCCAGGGUUACUGGCGCCAUGUGCCUCCCAGUCCCAGGGAGGCUCCAGGAGCACUUAGGCCUCCUGAACUCCAGGACCAGAAAAAGCCGAGGAACCGCCGCCACCACCCUCCGGACACAUGAGGCCAGCUGCUGGAGGCCUACAUAGGACCAGCCUAGCCCCUCAUCCCUUUUAAUAUAAAAGAUAUAUAUAUAUAUAUAUAAAUAUAAAAAUAUCUAUAUUCUAUACAUACCCUGCCCCUGCAAAGACAGUAUUUAUUGGUGGGUUGUAUAUAGCCUGCCUCGGUGGCAGCAUUGUCCAGAACUUAGACCCAUGUCGGUCAGCAGUGGCACAUCACUGAGCAUGCCCAUCCUGGCCUAGGAAGUUCCCAGGGCCAGCCCAAGACCACACAGUCCCCAGACUCCGUGGAAAUCUCCUUGCUGAACAGCUGUCAAGAUCUACAAAACACAGGGAGGGAGCAGGCCCUACUUGUCGGGCCAUGGACCAUAUGCCUUUGCUGGUGAAUGUUGUCAGCUGUGUCUUGGCAAAGACAUGGACACCAGGAUUGCUGUGGAGUCUGAGGUGGGGGUUCAGGGAACUCAGAGGAGGGAAAAAGGGGCCAUCCCAGGAUACAGGCCCCUGCCUGGGUCAGAGGUGCCCAGUGAAGGCCAACCUUUCCCAGGUAUUUAUUCUCUAUUUAUUGGGGACAGAAGAGAAGCCUGUCUGGGUGAGGCAGAACCUUCUCUUCUCCCUUCCUUGCCUGUCCUGGCAGGUCCAGCCCACUCUACCUCCUUAGCCUUUCCUGUGCUGCCUCGACUCAUGGCUGGGGCUGGGUGCAGGCAUGGCUUAAAAGAACCCCCAGCCCUGAAGAUAGAUGGGCCAUGGUGGAGGCCCAGGGCCUGUCUGGCAUCCCCAAGGCUCACUGCCCACUGCCUCAGGUGAUGGGUGUAAAUAGCUCUGGAGGCAGUGGGGUAGAUGGUUGGGGGAGGAGGGGCUCCUGCAGCCCCUGCUACCCAGGCCACAGUCAUUCUUGGGUUCCAUCUUGCUAAUAAACGCUGGCUCUGGGACUAGA